AUGCUUGACCAUGCCCAUGCUGAUGAUGCACGAGACAGUGGUAAACCCUCCAUACUCAGAGUACUUGAUCCUGUGACUAGUAAGGGGUUGGGAGAUCUGAUUAAAUCCAAGUCACCAUAUCCAUCAACCGCUGUCAGUCACGGUGUUCCAACCAACAAGGAGAAGACUCCGAGUCAGGCUCGCACCCAGAACGAAGAUCAGGCUGCGCUUCUGAAGUAUCAAAAAAAGGUUGGCACACGCUUGGACAAUUUGAAAAUGUCUGAAUCAAAAAGCCAGGGAGCCGCAGCCGCAAUGGGGAUAGCAAAAGCUGAGACUGGUCCCAACUUUCAUUUGGGAGUCAUACUAGAUCAAGAAGACUCUUGUAUAGCUGGCAGUAAUACUACUUUUCAGACUCGCAAGAGGAAGGUUGGAAGUAUCGACAACGUCAACAAGGAAAACAUACUAUUUCCGAACAGCGCCCCAGCUAUUAAGUGUAUUUGCAGGGAGAAAACUGGCACCGACUGGCAGACAGUCCUUGAUGUGAAUGCUUACAAUGAAGAACAAUGA